AUGUCAAAAAUUCUUCGCCUAUUUCCAAUUAUCGCUUCCUCCCGAGUUGCGAAUGCGGGUUCGAAAAGCCUAAAACGACGGUAUUGUACGUUAUCUGAAUUGGUGGUUCUCUUUUGCCAACGAUUUCCCACCACCAACACGUCCGGAGCCGGGGAUGCGCGCGUCGUUGUUCAUAACCCUGUAGUUGAUUUGGAUGGAGACGAAAUGACUCGCAUUAUCUGGGCAAAGAUCAAGGAAAAAUUGAUUCUUCCCUACGUCAAACUUGACAUUAAAUACUAUGACUUGGGAAUGGAGAAUCGUGAUGCCACGAAUGACCAAGUGACCGUGGAUGCAGCAGAGGCUAUUAAGAAAUACAAUGUUGGUAUAAAAUGUGCGACGAUCACUCCGGACGAACGAAGGGUCGAAGAAUUCAAUCUUAAGAAAAUGUGGAAAUCACCCAAUGGUACCAUUCGAAACAUUCUAAAUGGAGUGAUUUUUCGCGAACCCAUUCUAUUAAAUAAUGUCCCGCGAAUUGUUCCUGGAUGGACCAAGCCCAUUAUCAUUGGUCGUCAUGCGUUUGGUGAUCAGUAUAAGGCCACAGACAUGAUUAUCGAUCGUCCGG